AUGGUUCUGCCAGCCGACGCCCACUCCGCCGACCCGCUCCUAACCACCACCCCCGCCGACGACGACGAAGACCACACCCGCCGCGGGCGUCUGUCCUAUCACAGCUCCAGCCAGACCACAAGCGCUUCGAACUCGACAACCCCCAGCCCAGGCGCCCUCCGUCCACACCUCGGAGCAUCCUCGUCCACAUUCACCCCCUCAACCUCCAACCCCAAACCCCGACCAUCCUCCCCUCUUUCCCCCGGUCCAGCUAGCGCUACUCACCGCCCGCACCUCUCCCGUCGCGGCACAGCCACCAGUACCACCACCAUCAUGAUGCGCUCACGCAGCCCGGCGCUCGCAGCCGCCGCCGCAGCCCGCGCCGAAGCCAGCCGCAAAUACACCUACGCUGCCAUCUUCCUGGUGAUUUCCCUCGUCUCAUUCACCGUGCAAACAAUGCUGGCCUCGCAGAUCCAGCACGAUCUCGGCUGGGACAAGGCAUACUGCAUGAUGUACUUGACACACGGGUCGUGGGUGUGCCUGUGGCCGUUGCAGUUGGCUGUGUUGCGGUAUCAGCAGCGUGAUGGUGGGGGGAGUUGGAAGCGGUUUAUGGAUAAUCAUGUGCGGGUGUUGAGGGGGAUUGCGUUGGUGGUGGAGACGAGGGAUGUGCGCGCUGCGGCGAGGAUGGGGGGGUAUCAGCGGCAUGGUCAUGGGCAUCAUCAUGGUUCGGCCGGGUUGUUGGAGUAUGGUCACUCACCGUGGCCGUAUCUGGCUAAGGCGACGGCGGUGAUUACCAGUGCGUUGACGGUCGCUGGGUUGAGCUGGUACCUGGCUGUUAGCAUGACUACGCCGAGUGACUUGACGGCUAUUUACAACUGCAGCGCGUUCUUUGCGUAUGCCUUCUCGGUGCCGCUGCUCAAGGAGCGCGUGCGGGCGGAUAAGAUGCUGGCUGUGGCUGUUGCGAUUGUCGGGGUGUUAAUCGUGGCGUAUGGGGACAGCGGGGACAGCGGAUCGACGUCUGGAUCGGAGUCGGAGGCACAAUUACAGGCUCCGUCGGAUUCCGACCCGGGCAACAACACCCCCGCCCUGGACGCCGGCACGCGGUUCGCAGGCAACCUGAUCAUCGGCGUCGGCUCGGUCUUGUACGGCCUCUACGAGGUGCUGUACAAACGCUACGCUUGCCCGCCCGACGGUAUGGAUGCCACCAAGGGUGUGAUUUUCGCCAAUACGUUCGGCAGCCUAAUGGGCGCCUUCACGCUGCUAGUGCUCUGGAUCCCGCUGCCGAUUCUGCACGUCCUCGGAUGGGAGACGUUUGAGAUACCCACGGGGUACACCGCGUGGCUGCUGUUUGUCAGCGUGCUGAUGAACAUGUCGUUUUCGGGGUCGUUUCUCGUGUUGAUCUCGCUGACGAGUCCCGUAUUGAGCUCGGUGGCGUCGCUGUUGACAAUUUUCAUGGUUGCGCUGGUGGAUUGGUUUUUGACGGGUACGCCGGUCAGUGGGGCCGCGUUGUUUGGGGGGUUGUUAAUUGUGACGGCGUUCGUGAUGUUGAGUUGGAGUACGUGGAGGGAGAUGAAUGAGGAGGAGAGACGGAAGCAGGUGGAUUUGGAUUCUAGUGGGGAGGAGGAUUAG